AGCCUUACCCUUUUUCAUGAGGCUGUGGCUAAGCAAGGAAAGCAAGUGGACGUGCUGCAUCUGCAAGACUCGGAUCAUGUUGAGCAUUAUAAGAAGUAUCCAAAGGAGUACUGUGCUGUCAUUGAACGUUUUCUUUCGCAAUUGGAUCGAAAAAAAUCACACAUCUAGACAAUUAGAUAUUGUAAUGUUAUUGGAGAACUUUUGUUGGAUGCAAAUCUGUCUAACACUCGGUUAUACCAGUAACAAUAGGCAAAAUAAAUAAUU